AUGACAAAUUUUACUGCGAUUUUCUGAAAAGGAUUGUUCUCAAAAACUACCUACUAUAAGGCGUAUAGAUAGGAAACACCAUUUAAUAGCUGCUCAAAUUCCCUUAUAAAUGUAAAGUAAAACUCUCUUAAUUAAAUUCAUACGUAUUCACCUUGUAAACACCAUUUCCUACAGAUGGUAUUCAUCAGACCGUCGCACAUUCCGUUCCCGACCACUUGGAACCGUUUCUCCUCACCUCGAGGGCCGCUCCGCAUCCAGGACCUUACUGAGGAUCUCCACGAGCAAGCCAUGGACCUCCUCACGAAGUACUUCACGAGGGACGAGCCGCCUUGCAAGUACAUCGGAAUCCAGAACUACCCAUCAGCGUUGGCAGAGCUACAGAAGUUAUGGCGGGAGCCGCUCAAGGAGAACCUGUCUUUAGUCUGCGUCGAGGAUAAUGAUGAGCAGCCUCCGAGAGUCGUGGGGGUGAACGUGUUGACGGUCAUCAGCAAGGGGGAUAAAGAGGAGCCCUUCCAAACUGAUGACAAGAUCUGGGCCCAGCUCUUCGGGGCUGUGGACCAGGUCACCAAGGGAGUGGACAUCUUCGAACGGUAUGCCGUCGACAAGUACCUGACGGCGUAUGGGCUGGUGGUGCACCCUGAGUGGCGAGGAUGCAGGGUCGGGCUGGAGCUGCUGAGGGCCAGAAUCCCACUUUGCAAGGCACUAGACAUCAAGGUGACAGCCACGGUGUUCACUGCCGGAGCUUCCCAAGCCGUUGCCAAAAAAGCAGGCUUCGAAGACCUUUUUGAAAUAACUUAUGAAGAACUCGCAAAAAAAGGAUUUGUUUUUCCAGGUGUCGAGCAAGAUACGAAGUCUUCCAAAUUAAUGGCGUUGGCUAUUGAGUAAUUAAGGUGUUGCC